AUGAGUGAUUUGUCUGCUCUUUCAAGGGGUGUUAGUAAUGUGUUCAUUCCGUGGAGUUAUGCUGCGCUUGGGAUUAGUUUGUACUUUUUUAUAAAUGCAGCUAUUUAUGCAGUGACAACACUUUUGUUAAUAAAUAAGGAAAAUAUUUUGAACAAGGAGAGAUGGCUUUUGGGACUCGAGGAGGAAUUAAUUUCAGAAAUUGAUGUAUCGUCUGUUAUAUCUAUAGAAGACCCGAUACAAGAGGAAGGAAUUUUGGUAGACUCGCUAUUUCAAAUUGAUUCAACCCCACCUAGCAAUACACCAGACUCGUCUACUAGUCAGGAAGAAGAUUCAAAAUCUCCACAAAUAUAA